AUGGAUAACGACAGUAUGAGCGGGAUGAAGACGAUGCAGGACAUCCACACGAAAGAGAUCGACCUGGUGAACCGGGACCCCAAGUACUUAAACGACGACGUUGUCAAGGUGAGUUCAAAUCCGAACGAGUCCGUAGACGAUAUUUUUACGCACUUUGGACAUAUUUAUUUACUUUAUUUUACUUUGUUUAUUGGACUGGUCUGGUUGCAUGAUUAUUUGACCAAAUAGUGCGUCAUGGAAAUUAUGGUGUAAACUAGAAUAGUUCAGUUCCAAUAUUGCAUGUGAGGCGGGUUUGUACUUGGACACAUCAACCAUUUGUUUUAUUAUGCAUGGUACCAUGUCACUUGCACGAUUAUUGGGUAGGAGCAGUCAAAUGUGCACAGUAAGCUGCGUGCGUCAAGGGUGCACCAAUGUAGCCUACUGCGUGUGUUCAAGUUCAAGUUUGUUUAUUGGUCAGAUACACAUGAUGUAAGUGGAGUACACAGUGCAACAAAAUGCUUACUUGCAGGUUCACCUCUCGACAAUGCAACAACAAUAGAAACGUAAAAAAGCCUAUUUAAGUGAAUACAAGAAUUUCACAAAAACCCUAAAUGAUUAAAAAAUAGGAUAAACAUUUAGCAGAAAAUAUGCGAAGUGGGUGGUGAGUCGCAUAGCAUUCUCGCGUGUAACCUAUACUAUAUGUCAGUUUGAGCUUUUUCGGGUUCAUGACCCCUGUUUACAAUGGUUUACAAUAGGUUUGUGAAGGGGCUCAACACGUGCGUAAAAGUUGUGAGUAAGCAGCAGAGCAUAUCCUAAAUAAAAUGUAUUUGUCACAUGCUUCAUAAACAACAGUGAAAUGCUUACUUAUGGGUCCUUUACCAACAAUGCAGAGUUAAAGAUAAAGAUAAAAAAAUAAAAAAUAAAUACAUAUUGUGACAUGAGGAAUAAAUACACAGUGAAUAGGGAAUAACAAUAACAAGUAAAAAUAACAUGACUAUAUACAGGGAGUACCAGUACCUAGUAGAUGUGCAAGGGUAUGAGGUAAUUGAGGUAGCUAUGUAUACUGAACAAAAAUAUAAAUUUUCUGAGUUACAGUUCAUAUAAGGAAAUCAGUCAAUUUAAAUAAAUUCAUUAGGCCCUAAUCUAUGGAUUUCACAUGACUGGGCAGGGGCACAGCCAUUGGUGGGCCUGGAAGGGCAUAGGCCCACUCACGUGGGAGCCAAGCCGACCCACUGGGGAGCCAGGCCCAGUCAAUCAGAAUUCGUUUUCCCAUCAAAAGGGCUUUAUUACAGACAGAAAUGCAAUGCAUGAAAGUAUAAGAAAGUGUAUGUGUGUGUUGAGGUGUGUAUGUGUGUGUUGGGGUGUCAGUGUAAGUAGGUGUGAGUUUGUGGGUAGAGUCCAGUGUGUGUGCAGAGUCAGUGCAAGAGAGUUAGUGCAAAAAAGGGUCAAUGCAGUUAGUGCAGGUAGCCAUUUGAUUAGCUAUUUAGCAGUCUUGUUCAGCAGUCGUAUGGCUUGGGGGUAGACUCUGUUCAGGGUCCUGUUGUUUCCAGACAUGGUGCACUGGUACUGCUUGCCUUGCGGUAGCGAGAGAAAAGUCAAUGGCUUGGGUGGCAGAAGUCUUUGACAAUUUUCUGGGCCUUCUUCUGACACUGCUUGGUAUAGAGGUCCUGGGUGGCAGGGAGCUCGGCCCCAGUGAUGUACUGGGCUGCACUCAUUACCCUCUGUAGUGCCUUGCUCUACAGCUGUAUAACUUUUUGAGGAUCUGAGGGCCGAUGUUGCUGCGGCUGCUGUCAUUAGAACAGAGUGGAACAUCCUUGCUCCAGUGUUGGAAUGGAGGAAAUAUUACUAAUUUCCUGUUGUUGGAACAAAACAUUUCUCACAGUCCUUGUUUAAAAGUUACACCGCAUCUGUUAUUAAAUUAGUGAGUUAUUAAAGAGAAUAAUUAUUUCCAAAGUAGACACAAACCACACUGUGCCCAUUUUGUGUGCUUAUAGUGCCAUCAGAAAGUAUUCACACCCCUUGACUUUUUCCACAUUUUGUUGUGUUACAACCUGAUUUUAAUGGAUUAAAUUGAGAUUUUGUGUCACUGGCACACAAUACCCCAUAAUGUCAAAGUGACAUGACUACCUCAUCUCUGUACCCCAUCUCUGUACCCCACACAUACAAUUAUCUGUAAGGUCCUUCAGUCGGCAAGUGAAUUUCAAACACAGAUUCAACUACAAAGACCAGGGAGGUUUUCAAAUGACUCGCAAAGGGCACCUAUUGGAUGGGUAAAAAAAUAAUAUAAACACACAUUGAAUAUCCCUUUGAGCAUGGUUAAGUUGUUAAUUGCACUUUGGAUGAUGUAUCAAAACACCCAGUCACUACAAAGACACAGGUGUCCUUCCUAACUCAGUUGCCAGAGAGGAAGGAAACCCCUCAGGGAUUUCACCAUGAGGCCAAUGGUGUCUUUAAAACAGUUACAGAGUUUAAGGGCUGUGAUAGGAGAACUGAGGGUGGAUGAACAACAUUGUAGUUACUCCACAAUACUAACCUAAUUGACAGAGUGAAAAGAAGGAAGCCUGUACAGAAUAAAAUAUUCUAUAAUAUGCAUCCUGUUUGCAACAAGGCACUAAAGGUAUACUGCAAUAAAAUUGGCAAAGCACUUCACUUUUUGUCCUGAAAACAACGUGUUACGUUUGGGGCAAAUCCAAUACAACACAUUACUGAGUACCACUCUCCAUAUUUUCAAGCAUAGUGGUGGCUGCAUCAUGUUAUGGGUAUGAUUGUAAUCGUUAUGGACUGGGGAGUUUUUCAGGAUAAAAAAAUAAAAUAAAAAUAGAGCUAAGCACAGGCAAAAUCCUAGAGGAAAACCUGGUUAAGUCUACUUUCCACCAGACAUUCUUGAGAUUAAUUCACCUUUCAGCAGGACAAUAACCUAAAACACAAGGCCAAAUCUACACUGGAGUUGCUUACUAAGAAGACCGUGAAUGUUCCUGAGUGGCUGAGUUACAGUUUUGAUUUAAAUCUACUUGAAAAUCUAUGGUAAGACCUGAAAAUGGUUGUCUAGCAAUGAUCAACAACCAAUUUGACAGAGCUUGAAAAUGUUUGAAAAGAAUAAUGGCCAUAUGUUGCACAAUCCAUGUGUGGAAAGCACUUAGAGAUUUACCCAGAAAGAAUCACAGCUAUAAUCGCUGCCAAAUGUGCUUCUACAAAGUAUUGACUAAGGGGUAUGAAUACUUAUGUAAAUUAGAUAUUUCUGUAUUUCAUUUUCAAUAAAUAUUCAAAAAUUUCUAAAAACAUGUUUUCACUUUGUCAUUAUGGGGUAUUGUAUGUAGAUGGGUGAGAGAAAACAUAUAUUUAAUCCAUUUUGAAUUCAGGCAGUAACACAUCAAAAUGUGGAAUAAGUCAAGGGGUAUAAAUCCUUUCUGAAGGCACUGUAUGUAAAAGAUGAGUUUGUUGAGAGAAAGCUUGGCUGAAAGCGCGCUAAUGUAGGCUAUAGUGAAAACCACCUGUUGUAUGUGGUGGGAACAGAACAGCUGCUGCCACAAAGACAGAGGCUGCUUCCCAAAUGGCACCCUAUUCCCUAUGGCCCUGGUCAAAAUUAGUGCACUACAUUUGAAGUAGUGAACUUUGCGUUCAUAAAACAUGGAAACACGAAAAUAGCUGCAGGGGCAGUGGCAGGCCAAGGGAUUCUCCGUAAACAAAUUAUCAACAGACUUUCAGCAUGCUUACAGAGAAGGGAACUCAACAUGUACUGCACUGACACAAAUUACUGAUGAUUGGUUGAAAGAAAUUAAUAAUAAGAAGAUGGGAGCUGUUCUGUUAGAUUUCAGUGCAACCUUUGACAUUAUUGACCAUAUCUUGUUGUUGAGAAAUUUAUGUGUUAUGGCUUUUCAACCUCUGCCAUAUCAUGGAUUCAGAGCUAUCUAUCUAAUAGAACUCAGAGGGUUUUCUUUAAUGGAAGCUUCUCUAAUGUUAAACAUGUAAACGUGUGGUGUACCAUAGGGCAGCUCUCUAGGCCUUCUACUCUUUUAUAUUUAUACCAAUGACCUGCCACUGGCAUUAAACAAAGCAUGAUUCAACCAUACACGCAUCAGCAACCACAGCUAAUGAAGUCACUGAAACCCUUAACAAAGAGUUGCAGUCUGUUUUGGAAUGGGUGGCCAGUAAUAAACUGGUCCUGAACAUCUCUAAAACUAAGAGCAUUGUAUUUGGCACAAAUCAUUCCCUAAGUUCUAGACCUCAGCUGAAUCUGGUAAUGAAUGGUGUGGCUGUUGAACAAGUUGAGGAGACUUGGUGUUACCUUAGAUUGUAAACUGUCAUGGUCAAAACAUAUAGAUUAAAUCAUUGUAAAGAUGGGGAGAGGCUCUAGUUUUAUCUUUUUCUUGUUAUUGUCCAGGCAUAUGGUCAAGUGCUGCAAAGAAAGACCUAGUUAAGCUGCAGCUGGUCCAGAACAAAGCAGCAUGUCUUGCUCUUCAUUGUAAUCAGAGGGCUAAUAUUAAUACUGUGCGUGCCAGUCUCUCUUGGUUAAGAGUUGAGGAAAGACUGACUGCAUCACUUCUUGUUUUUAUAAGAAACAUUAAUGUGUUGGAAAUUCCCAAUUGUUUGCAUAGUCAACUUACACACAGCACUGAAACAUACACUUAACCCAGCAGACAUGCCACCAGGGGUCUUUUCACAGUCCCUAGGUCCAGAACAAAUUCAAGGAAACGUAUAGUAUUAUACAGAGCCAUGAGUGCAUGGAUCUCCCUUCCAUCUUAUAUAGUGCAAGUGAACAACAAACCUGGUUUCAAAAAAAUUAUAAAGCAACACCUCACAGCACAACGCCUCUCCCCCAUGUGACAUACUUGUUGUGUGCAAGAACUGACAUGUAUGUGUAACUGAUAGAUGCACACACACACACACACACACACACACACACACUACAUGUUAAUGUAUUAAAAUGUAUGUCAAUUGUAAAGUAUUUUGUCUGUAAUGUAUUUUUCGUUAUGUGUCGGACCCCAGUAAGACUAGCUGUCGCCAUUGGCGUCGGCUAAUGGGGAUCCUAAUAAAUCAAGUCAAAACCCUCUCUCCUACUAGCCUUUCCCCUUUCAAUGGGUUCAGUCAUAUGAGAAGAGAACCAUAUGUAAAUAUUAUAACAGGGAACCCAACUCAUGUGAGGAGAAUAACGUUAUUCCAACCCCACAUGUGAAUCUCCAAUUCCACAUGUGAAAGUGAGAUUUUCACGUGACUGUUUUUCAUGUGUGAACUUGCAAUUCCACAGGUGACAGUAAGAUUUUCACAUGAGGAGUUUUCUUACAUGUGAAACGACAAAUGUGAUUUUCACAUGUGAAAAUGCAAUUCCACAUGUGAAAGUGAGAUUUUCACAUGUGAUUGAUUUUCACAUGAUUGAUUUUCAUGUAAUUGAUUUUCACAUGUGAACUUGCAAUUCCACAGGUGAAAGUGAGAUUUUCACAUGUGAAAGUGUUUCACAUGUGAAAAUGCAUAUCCGAUUUUCACAUGUGAAACCACACAUUUUUGAAACUACCAUUCACAUGAGGUGAAAACAUGUCAUUCGUGAAAAGGUGAUGUUAACAUGUUAAUUCUAAAUGUAACACAUGUGGAAAAUAUGGUUUCACAUGUGAAAGUUAAGCUCAACAUGUGAAAACAGCUAUUUCACAUGUUUUUUUUUUGUAAGGGACACACACACACAACAGACCCGCAUACAUACAGACAUACAGUCACACACACAAACACACACAAACACACACACACACACUACUCUCCUUCUGCAGAACCAGUAGACUGUUGACUUUCUUUAGCAGUGAUCUUAUAGUUAGAAUGUCGGCAGCUGCACUCAACUGACCACAUCAAAGAAUCAACAUCACUGGAAUCCAUGCAGAGUUUGCCCUGGGAAUAUAAUAUUUUCCUCUCAUAAAGCUGAGUUCUUUAUAUAGCCCAGUCAAUGGAGUGGAGUGGCUCUAGCAGUGGGCCUAAAGCCAGGCAGCCUUCUGUUAAACCAUGAUGGGGCUAAGCUGGGUAGAGCAGACACACCCAAAGCCACGCCGCACGGACAUCACAGCAGUGAUCGGCUCGCUAACCAGCCACCAGCUAACCCUGCCAAAUUCUCCAGUAUGCCGGGAGGUGGAAGGCACAUUAUAGUGGGAAAUUAAGAUGUUCAGGCUCAAUGGAGUAGCUGAGUCAGGGAUUCCCUUAGAUUGUCCAGGCGGGGUGCAAACAAAGGCCCCAAAUCAACAUGAUUUAUUAAGCAACAAUUUCAAUUCAAUCAAUUAAAGACACAUGAAACCCCUUUAGGUGGGAGGAAGCAGAGCUAGGCAGGGGUUGUCCGCUCCACCUACAGUGCCUUGCAAAAUAAUUCAUCCCCUUGGAGUUUUUCCUACUUUGUUGCAUUACAACCUGUAAUUUAAAUUGAUUUUUAUUUGGAUUUCAUGCAAUGGACAUACACAAAAUAGUCCAAAUUGGUGAAGUGAAAUGAAUAACAGAAAAGUGGUGCGUGCAUAUGUAUUCACCCCCUUUGCUAUGAAACCCCUAAAUAAGAUCUGGUGCAACCAAUUACCUUCAGAAUUCACAUAAUUAGUUAAAUAAAGUCCACCUGUGUGCAAUCUAAGUGUCACAUGAUCUGUCACAUGAUCUCAAUAUAUAUACACCUGUUCUGAAAGGCCCCAGAGUCUGCAACACCACUAAGCAAGGGGUACCACCAAGCAAGCGGCACCAUGAAGACCAAGGAGCUCUCCAAACAGGUCAGGGACAAAGUUGUGGAGAAGUACAGAUCAGGGUUGGGUUAUAAAAAAAUAUCUGAAACUUUGAACAUCCCACGGAGCACCAUUAAAUCCAUUAUUAAAAAAUGGAAAGAAUAUGGCACCACAACAAACCUGUCAAGUGAGGGCCGCCCACCAAAACUCACGGACCAGGCAAGGAGGGCAUUAAUCAGAGGCAACAAAGAGACCAAAGAUAACCCUGAAGGAGCUGCAAAGCUCCACAGCGGAGAUUGGAGUAUCUGUCCAUAGGACCACUUUAAGCCGUACACUCCACAGAGCUGGGCUUUAUGGAAGAGUGGCAAGAAAAAAGCCAUUGCUUAAAGAAAAAAAUAAGCAAACACGUUUGGUGUUCGCCAAAAGGCAUGUGAGAGACUACCCAAACAUAUGGAAGAAGGUACUCUGGUCAGAUGAGACUAAAAUUGAGCUUUUUGGCCAUCAAGGAAAAUGCUAUGUCUGGCGCAAACCCAACACCUCUCAUCACCCCGAGAACACCAUCCCCACAGUGACGCAUGGUGGUGGCAGCAUCAUGCUGUUGGGAUGUUUUUCAUUGGCAGGGACUGGGAAACUGGUCAGAAUUGAAGGAAUGAUGGAUGGCGCUAAAUACAGGGAAAUUCUUGAGGGAAACCUGUUUGUCUUCCAGAGAUUUGAGACUGGGACGGAGGUUCACCUUCCAGCAGGACAAUGACCCUAAGCAUACAGCUAUAGCAACACUUGAGUGGUUUAAGGGGAAACAUUUAAAUGUCUUGGAAUGGCCUAGUCAAAGCCCAGACCUCAAUCCAAUUGAGAAUCUGUGGUAUGACAUAAAGAUUGCUGUACACCAGCGGAACCCAUCCAACUUGAAGGAACUGGAGCCGUUUUGCCUUGAAGAAUGGGCAAAAAUCCCAGUGGCUAGAUGUGCCAAGCUUAUAGAGACAUACCCCAAGAGACUUGCAGCUGUAAUUGCUGCAAAAGGUGGCUCUAGAAAGUAUUGACUUUUGGGGGGGUGAAUAGUUAUGCACGCUCAAGUUUUCUGUUUUUUUGUCUUAUUUCUUGUUUGUUUCACCCCAAAAAAUAUUUAGCAUCUUCAAAGUGGUAGGCAUGUUGUGUAAAUCAAAUGAUACAAACCCCCCCCAAAAUCCAUUUUAAUUCCAGGUUGUAAGGCAACAAAAUAGGAAAAAUGCCAAGGGGGGUGAAUACUUUAGCAAGCCACUGUGAUAACAACCCUCUAUUAAUACCAAAUAUUUUCCAUCUUGUGAUCUUAUGUUUAUGUCUUUCUAAAUUGGGCUUCAAAAAAACAUAGGCACUCUCACUUACAAUUAAAAUAUUCAUAUUUUAUUACCCAAAAUAAUACAUUUACAUUAACAUUCUGCACAGAGCUCUCAUUUAUUUUCCAUUCAAAAUUAUGAAAACUCUGUGUCUGUGUCUUACCCUUACAUAAAAAAAUACCUACAAAAAUUACGUGAAAAAACGUGAGAAAAAAUACUUCUGGUCUUCGGACCCGUUGACUUUUUCCACAUUUUGUUACAUUACAGCCUUAUUCUAAAAUUGAUUAAAUCAUUUUCCCCCCUCAUCAAUCUACACAUAAUACCCCAUAAUGACAAAGCAAAAACAGGUUUUUAGAAAUGUUAGCAAAAAAAAAAAAAAAAAGGAAAUAUGACAUUUACAUAAGUAUUCAGACCCUUUACUCAAUACUUUACUGAAGCACCUUUGGCAGCGAUUACAGCUUCGAGUCUUCUUGGGUAUGACGCUACAAGCUUUGCACACCUGUAUUCGGGAGUUUCUCCCAUUCUUCACUGCAGAUCCUCUCAAGCUCUGUUGGAUGGGGAGCGUUACUGCACAGAUAUUUUCAGGUCUCUCCAGAGAUGAUCGAUCAGGUUCAAGUCUGGGCUCUGGGCUCUGGGCUCUGGCUGGGCCACUCAAGGACAUUCAGAGACUUGUCCCGAAGCCACUCCUGCAUUGUCUUGGCUGUGUGCUUAGGGUCGUUGUCCUGUUCAUCUUUGCCUCAAACCUGACUAGUCUCCCAGUCCCUGACGCUGAAAAACAUCCCCACAGCAUGAUGCUGCCACCACAAUGCUUCACCGUAGGGAUGGUGUCAGGUUUCCUCCGAACGUGACACUUGGCAUUCAGGCCAAAGAGUUCAAAUAUUGGUUUCAUCAGACCAGAGAAUCUUGUUUCUCGUGGUCUGAGACUCUUUAGGUGCUUUUGGCAAACUCCAAGCGGGCUGUCAUGUGCCUUUUACUGAGGAGUGGCUUCCGUCUGGCCACUCUACCAUAAAGGCCUGAUUGGUGGAGUGCUGCAGAGAUGGUUGUCCUUCUGGAAGGUUCUCCCAUCUCCACAGAGGAACUCUAGAGCUCUGUCAGAGUUACCAUCGGGUUCUUGGUCACCUCCCUGACCAAGGCCCUUCUCCCCCGAUUGCUCAGUUUGGUCGGGCGGCCAGCUCUAGGAAGAGUCUUGCUGGUUCCAAACUUCUUCCAUUUAUGAAUGAUGGAGGCCACUGUGUUCAUUGGAGACCUUAAAUGCUGCAGAAAGGUUUUGGUACCCUUCCCCAGAUCUAUGCCUCGACACAAUGCUGUCUCGGAGUUCUACGGACAAUUCCUUUGACCUCAUGGCUUGGUUUUCACUCUGACAUGCAUGUCGUUAUGGAGUAUUGUGUGUAUAUUGCUGAGGAAUUGUUGUUAUUUAAUCCAUUUUAGAAUAAGGCUGUAACGUAACAAAAUGUGGGAAAAUUCAAGGGGUCUUAAUACUUUCCGUAGGCACUGUAUAAACACACGUAUGAACAAAUCACGUGAAAAAUGUCAAACGUUUAAAAAUGUAAUUGAGUUAAUCACAAGAUUUGGAAUUUGCUCAAAUUAAGCUGUCAUUUAAGAUUUGUUUUAUAUAAAUGUUGUCCCGUGUAGCUCAGCUGGUAGAGCAUGGCGCUUGCAACGCCAGGGUUGUGGGUUCGAUUCCCACGGGGGGCCAGUAUGAAAAUGUAUGCACUCACUAACUGUAAGUCGCUCUGGAUAAGAGCAUCUGCUAAAUAUGUAAAAUGUCCAAAGUAAAGGUUAGCAAAAUCAGGUAAAUUGAUAAAGCACACUUUCUUUAACCUCAAUGUCAACUUGUAUUGAGAUCACAUUGUUGUAUAGGCAAUGUUUUAAGUGUAUUUCAAACCCUUUCAGACAAUGCAAAUAAUUACGAUAAAAAAAAAAGUGUGCACUAAAGUUACAAAAAGUUAACUCAAGUUAACUGAUUAACUCUGACAGCUCUAAUUAAAAAUAAUCUCUUUGUAGGAAAGCAUCUGUUAACAUUAAUUCCAAUAGCAUACACAUUCACAGAUUUUCAAAUACAUUCAAAUACUUUUUUGACAAAAUGGUAGGCUAGCUAUCGCCUAUCAUUGAGCUAGCUAGCGAUUAGCAAUUGGCAUGUGAACAUUAGAUACACAUUUCAUUAAAAGUAACCUUCUAAAAUACAUAUCAUUAGUGUGGUUCAUAUGUACAUGUAAAUACACUCAAUAUGAGCCGUCGUUUGUAAAAAUAAAACUAUUUAAUUGCCAAAACAUUUAUAACGGAAAUAAAAAAUCAUCCAAAACGCCAUCUUGUUCUCAUUGACUUCUAUACAAAGCUAGCUACUUAGCUUGGAUGUAGUCGUGUAAAUGGGAAAAUCUUACUUGUUUUUCACUCAGUCAAAACAUUUAAAUUAUACAUUCUAAAAAAAACCAAAAAACAAAGUUUAGUUAAACAUGCUAUCUCUAGAUUUUGAAAACGUAACCAUGCGUACAAAGCGGAAAAAACUGUCACAGAGCGACAUACAAAGAACUGAGGCACGCGUCUGCAGCAGUAACACACCGAAUGCCUCCACCUAGUGGUAGCGCUAAGUAUACAUGUAUAUCAAUGCAACACCAUAAUAAUGGAGUGGAUGGCUCAGAAAUAAUAAAUAAUUAUUCUUAACGCACUUGUAUUAUUAUACUCAGGUAGGCUAGGUAACCUUUUUGAAAACAACCAUUUCACAUGUAAAAACGCAAUUUUCACAUGUGAAACUGCAAAUGUCACCAUUUUUUUGUAAGGGUACACACAGUACAGUACUCAAGUUGUACGCCUCUGGAAAAUUAAAUGGACGUUGCUGGGUUUUGUGGCUUAAAAGAAUGAUACAAUUUAUAUUGCAGGGCUAUACCACCAACUGUUAUUUUAUGCUAUAAGUUUAGCCUGUUCAGUUUAGGAAGUCCCUUGUGUACACAGUAAGAACUGGUAGGAAUGUCUCCUGAAAAAAACGUUCAAUUUGAUAUCGAAAAUGCACUUUUACUCUGCACUAGAUACAGGUGAUGCUAAACCCUCUGACAGCAACACUUCUCUCGCAGACAAAAUACACGCAAUUAAGUAACUGUAAAAUAAAUAUUUGCUCUAUCAUGGGCCUGGUAGCGAAGGGGAGAGUGAAAGAGAAAGAGAGGUAGCGAGAGAGGGGUAGUGAGGUAGCGAGAGAGAGCAAGUGUGCUAGCAUGCGUGUGUGUGUAUAAUAUGCGUGUGUGUUUUUCCACUUUACAGUCUGCACUAAAACGUCUAUGUGGUCAUGGGUACUUGGGAGGCACGUAGCAAACCCGUCGACCACCUAAGAAGUAUUUUUACACUGAAAAUAAAUACAUUUCAUGGUUUACCUGGGGCCCAUCCGCCCACUCUUGACUAGAGUCUUCAUGUACAGAUGUGGGAUCUUCAUUUGAUCACCCUGUUGUUGCAGAACAUUUCUUGAUUUGAUUUGCCCUAACAAAAAAAUUAUCAACCCCUAUAAAAAUGUCCAUGAAUUAUAAUCCACACAAUAAUUCAAAUGUCCUGUUGCUGCAGGAUUAUUAUUUUCCUGCUGUGAGAAACUGGUUAGUGUUGCACCAUCUUGGGAAUAUGGUGCUGUCUAUUUGCCCUCUGACUCAGACAGUUCUGGCACUGUGGCUCUGUCUUUUGUAUCAGCUCUGUCUGUCAGGAAUUGUGAAAAUAUGUUUUAGGAGGGUAGAGAGAGUACAGAGGCAAGGAGGGCAUCACUAAAAUGUUUGUUAAGAGGGGUGGGGGUGUGUGUGUGGGAGGUUGACCUGGUUUGACCUUCCGUACCAGUCACUAUGAGGAAGCAUAAAUCUCUUGUAAAAUGUGUACCUCAUGUCUUGUGCAACUUCAGAACAUCUGCACAAAUGAAUGAGAAGAUAUUGAACUCAAAUGCAAAAUUUUUAGAUAUAGGUUAUAUUCUUUAUCUAUGUUAGUUGCUUUGACUGUGGCUGUCUAAUUUACCAUUAUUGAUUCAGUGAUUCUCCUUUCUCGUCAGGUGGAGUUUGAGGAUGUGAUCGCCGAGCCUGCAGGGACGUACAGCUUUGACGGCGUGUGGAAGGCUAGCUUCACCACCUUCACAGUGACCAAGUACUGGUGCUACCGUCUCCUCACCGCCCUGGUGGGCAUCCCGCUGGCACUGGUCUGGGGCAUCUUCUUCGCCAUCCUGUCAUUCAUCCACAUCUGGGCAGUGGUGCCUUGCAUCAAGAGCUAUCUGAUCGAGAUCCACUGUGUCAGCCGUGUCUACUCCAUCUGCAUCCACACCUUCUGCGAUCCUCUGUUUGAGGCCAUGGGCAAGUGCUUCAGCAGCGUCCGCAUCAGCACCACCAAGGAGGUGUAG